CAGGUACUGUGCAGUGCAUUGCAUAUCUGCUUGCGUACCUCUCACCUUGCUCUCGCAUUCCGUUUCUCGUGACAGACUCGAAGUCUUAACUGUCGCCUGUGUAAACCCCCUGACGAUCCACGUUCCCGUAGGAUCCAUGUUGUUGCUCCGCCUCAAAGCACAAGCACAAGCAUCACAUCGCAUGGCCCCGAUGAGCCCGAGCCAUGAUGGGCUGUCCUUGGACAAAUUCAUUUCCAAAGGACCCUUCCUUCCAACUUUCAGUGGAGUCCCUGACGUAUCGUCCAACAUCAAUCAAUGUCAGUAGUGGCCAUGCCCACAGCAAAAAAUUGGGGUGUUUCGAGCAUCCAUCCCCCUUCUUGCCAUGCCAAUUUUAGAAGGAAGGACAUCUUCUCUUUCUGCAUACCGAUUCCCAUUUCAUUAACGUUUUCUUUCGUUGUUCUUGAGCUACUUAGGUACUCUCUUUUCAUCUACGUGGUUGGAUAUUUCUAUCACCAUAUAUCGUUGAAUUCAUUCUUGGCGACGCGUCUAAGUGGGAUACACGAACCGAGCUUGGCAUCAAGCAGGGUCCAGUCCAUCUGUUAUUCCCGUCUUGUCUUUGUCUUGGUAUUCCGAGUUUUGGGUUAAGCUGCCAAGAUGCAUUCAUUACUUCGAGCAACUACUGCGAUACUUGGCUGGGCAGCAGCUGUCACUGCCUACGACGUAACAUGGGAUGACAACAAAUCCAUCGAGAAGGCCGCCGGCCAGGCAGCUUUUGGCUUGGUAUCAUACUACACAGGAAACAACACUGGCGAUACACCAGGAAACUUGCCAGAUCCUUACUACUGGUGGGAGGCUGGCGCGAUGUUCGGUACUCUCGUUGAUUAUUGGUGGCUCACCGGUGACGACUCUUAUAACACAAUCACAAAACAAGCCAUGAUUCAUCAAGCCGGCACAGACGGCGAUUACAUGCCCGAUAACCAGACAAUGACCGAAGGAAACGAUGACCAAGGCUUCUGGGCAAUGGCUGCAAUGUCAGCAGCUGAGCAUCAGUUCCCAGAUCCUCCUGAGGACACACCCGGAUGGCUCGCUCAGGUUCAAGCUGUCUUUAAUGAGUACGUCAGUCGCUGGGACGCAGACUACUGCGGUGGCGGUAUGCGUUGGCAGAUCUUUAAGUGGAAUACUGGUUUCGACUACAAGAACGCUAUCUCCAAUGGCUGCUUUUUCAAUGUCGCCUCUCGGUUAGCACUGUAUACGGGUAACGACACUUAUGCGGACUGGGCUGAGAAGUUGUGGAAGUGGCAUGAGGAUUCUGGCAUCAUCACCGAUAAGUUUGCAGUUCAGGACGGUGUUCACAUCAGCGAUGCUAAGGGAAAGAAAUGUACCGAUAUAGAUAAGACACAGUGGUCUUAUAACACGGGAAUCUUCCUGCACGGCGCCGCGGUCAUGUAUAACCUUACCUCGAGCGAUAGCUGGAAGAAGCGAGCAGACGGUCUCCUCGAUGAUGUUUUCAACAAAUUUGUUAAAGAUGAGAUCAUCUACGAGCAGUUUUGCGAGCCUCACAAACAGUGCAGUCAGGACCAACAGAGCUUCAAGGGGUAUCUUGCACGGUGGUUGGCAGCCACCACGCAACUUUAUUCUUCUACAAACGACAAGAUCAUGAAACUCAUCAAGACAAGUGCCCAGGCCGCCGCUAAAGUCUGCACAGGCUCACCCACAGAGGGUUACAAGGGGCCUGCAGGCACAGCAUGUGGCUUCUCUUGGACGACGGGUAGCUUUGAUGGCUCUGUUGGAGUUGGUCCCCAAAUGAACGCCCUCUCGAUCCUCAUGUACACGCUGGUGGAGAGUGCCAAGGGGCCUGUCACCUCGAAGACCGGUGGAACGUCCAAAGGAAAUCCUGGCGGUGGAAAUACGGACAUUAACGACAAUGAUGGAACCCCUCCAUUGAAGGACAUCACGACGGCUGAUAAGGCUGGCGCCGGUAUCCUGACGUUCCUGUUCCUUGCCGGUGUCAUCGGGGGUGUUUCAUUCUUGGUCAUCGACUUUUAGACUUUUUAAACUUCUAUAGUAGGGCAUGGCGUUGAGAGGCGGUAUCUGUUAUAUUUAUUGUUUUGAGGCGUUGAGAGGUUGCUAGAUUGGAUACCUUGCACUUUACUUGGCCUCAGACUUGUAAGUCAGGCUGCAGAGUUAUACUCACAAAUCUUAUUGAUUGCGUUGCCUAUGUUCAUGAACCCGCGAUGACCCAUUCAAGAGCUUCCAUAUGCCCAUCUGUUACUUGUAGUUGCUUGCUUUUAGCAAAUCUUAUUCUCAGACUGCGC